GACGAAGAAUCUGUCAAGUUUUUCUUAUCCGGAAAAUGUUUUCUUGUAGAAAAGUGCUUGGAAAUCUGGGAAAACUCCCCCGGAUCUCAGUGCGAGCUGCUUCGGGGCAGACCACAGGAAGUCCCUAUCUCGCUCCAGAGCAUGAAAAUGUGAAAAAGCAAACACAUACGGGGCAGGUGUUUCCCGACGGUGACUACAGAAAUGUGCGAUUUGAGAAUGCCACGAGAUAUGUGAAUCAGAAUUUUGCGAUAAAAUUAAUUGAUGAAGUGCCACCAAAGGAAUGUACCGAGAGGGUUGUCUUCUGCGACGGUGGUGGUGGACCACUGGGUCAUCCUAAGGUCUACAUCAAUCUGGACAAACCAGGAGCUCAUGCUUGUGGCUAUUGUGGAUUGCGCUUUGUGAAGAAGGAUCAUCAUCACUAAUUAGCACAUCCAGCAAAUCUCUAGUUUUCUCUGUAAAAAGAAAUUGAAAUGUGGAAAAAAAUGUAAGAAAAUUGAGAAAA